AUGAUUCAAUGGGAGUUUAUGAUGAUAUUAAACCCGUUGGACGCAGUGUGUGAUGUGAAGCGAAACGAUGCGGUGUGUGUCAGUAACUUGAAAUCAGCCAAACCAGUUGACAAGGCAAUAUUACAGGAAAGACCAGACGUCAAAAUCUUCUUACCAUUCAGGUUCCAUACAUAUAGGCCUAAGGAAUUGUUUAUGGAGAACACGUACAGGAACUUUUUAGUGGCACCUGGCGGAGACCACGUGUUGAGUUUAGUAGAUGAGAUAUCAUACAGAGCGCCACCUGCCCCACCUCUAUCACAAAUGAAUGAGUUAUCAUCGGAUUUAUUCUGCAACGGUGACAACAGACCAGCCAACUGCCCCGUUGAUUGUCGUUGUACACACAUGAUUGAUGUCCCACUCAAUUCAAUUGUUGAGAUCGUUCUUGUUGAUGAAGUGCAAUCUCCAAACUUAUCACAUCCAUUCCACCUUCACGGUAUUUCAUACAAUGUGAUCGGUAUCGGCCGUUCUCCAGACAAGAAUAUAAAGAAGAUCAACUUGAAACAUGCUUUAGAUUUGGAUAGAAAGGGACUGCUACAUAGACAAUACAACCUUCCACCUUUUAAAGAUACGAUUGCAGUGCCAAACAAUGGAUAUGUGGUGAUCAGGCUUAAAGCUGACAAUCCAGGAUACUGGCUGUUCCACUGCCAUUUCAUCUACCACAUUGUGAUAGGAAUGAGCUUGAUUCUGCACAUUGGGACCCAGAGCGACCUACCACCGGUGCCGCCAAACUUCCCGCGAUGUGGCGACCACCUGCCUGCCAUUACUCCUCCACACUACCCAAUUCAUUAA